UAUAUUAAGUCAUUGUUGGAAAUGAUCAGCAUUGUGUGUGUGUGUGUGUGUGUGUGUGUGUGUGUGUGUGUGUGUGUGUGUGUGUGUGUGUUCAGCUGGGCUACAUUGAGUGCAGCAUUGAGGAGUGUCCAUCUACACCGUGUCUCAACAAGCAGAAGGCGGUGAAGGUGGCAGGGAAAUGCUGCCAUGAAUGUGAAGAUUCCGGGGUGUCGUGUUUGCAUCAGGGCACGUUGUACCAGUCGGAUAAACAGUGGCAGGUGGACGAGUGCACCGGCUGUACCUGUGUGUCGGGAGACGUGCACUGUCGCAGUGAACGCUGCCCCCCACUCACCUGUGCUACAGAUGAGAUGCCAGCUGUUGUUCCGGGUUUGUGUUGUCCACACUGCAUCCCUCGCCCGGCCACCUGCAUCGCGUUUGGCGACCCUCAUUACCGCACCUUCGACGGCCGCAUGCUGCACUUUCAGGGGGCGUGCACCUACGUCCUGGCUCAGGACUGUGAAGGCGGAGACUUCAGCAUCCACGUGACUAACGAGGACCGUGGCCGCAAAGGUGUGUCGUGGACUAAAGAGGUGACCGUCUUAAUCGGUGAUGUCACAGUGCAGCUUCUCCAGGAUUGGCUGGUCAAGGUCAACGAUGAGGCGGUGGCGUUACCGUUCCUCAAAGAACCGUACAUCUACGUCGAACGCAAAACCAACACCAUCCUGCUCAACACCGACAUCGGCCUUAAGGUGCUGUGGAGCGGUCGUUCCCACCUGGAAGUGAGCGUGCCCGGCUCCUACAAAGGUCACACGUGUGGCCUCUGUGGGAACUUUAACAACUACCACCAGGAUGACCUCCGCAUGCCCAGUGGACAGAUGAGCCUGUCAGAAGCAGACUUUGGAAACAGCUGGAGGGUCACCAACGGAAGUCACUCACUGUCAUCGUGUCGCCCCGGGAGGACGUCGACCCCUGCAAGGAGGCGGGCUACCACGCCAGGAAAGGUGCCAACGCCCGCUGUAAGGUCCUCAAGUCGGCCACCUUCCAGCCUUGUCACCGCGUGGUGGCUCCCGAGGCGUGGUACGCCGCCUGCGUGUACGACCUCUGCGCCUGCGGGGCCAACAGCGACGAGUGCCUGUGCGACACGCUGGAGGCCUACGCCGGCCAGUGUCGGGAGGCCGGCGUGGUCCUACGCUGGAGGAGCCCGUCGCUGUGUG